AUACAAUACAAUACAAUUCUCAUUUAUUUAACUCUAUGUUUCCUUGUGCAAAUUUUUAGUUGUCGUUGAUCUGGGAACCGAAACGUUACUAUACGUGACUUUGAAAUAGUUAAAAUUGUAUUUUAUUUAUUAAGUUCGAACAAAUUUGUUAUUAAUGUAAAUAUCACCGAUAAUGCUGAGAACAAGUGAAAAUACUAGUACAUCAACUGAUAUUGAUGGAAAUUUGUAUAAGGAAAAAUUGCCAAAUGUUGGUUCAGCUUUAAAAGUUGCCGCCAAAGACUGCUGCACAAUAUCAAAGAAAUUUCCGAUUAUCUCAUGGCUGCCCAAAUAUGAAAGAAGCUUUCUAUUCUCAGAUUUUAUUGCCGGUUUUACGGUGGGUCUAACAAUGAUACCUCAGGGCAUAGCAUAUGGUGUUGUGGCUGGUUUGGAACCCCAAUAUGGUUUAUAUUCGGCAUUUAUGGGUUCGUUUAUGUACAUUAUUUUUGGAUCUUGCAAAGAUGUCACCAUAGCUACCACUGCAAUUAUGGCCUUAAUGGUUCAUCCAUAUGCUGUGCUAAGUCCAGAAUAUGCUGCUAUGAUUGCCUUCUUCGCUGGAUGUAUUGUAUUGAUAUUGGGUUUAUUAAAUCUGGGGGUGUUGGUGCGUUUUAUAUCAAUACCCGUUAUAAUAGGUUUCACCACGGCGGCAGCUAUAACAAUAGGAAGUGCCCAAAUUAAUAAUAUCUUUGGCAUAAAGGCACCUUCUAAUGAUUUGAUACCAGCUUGGAAACAUUUCUUUACGCACUUAAAUUCAAUAGGUUGGAAUGAUGCAUCUCUAGGAAUUGUUUCCUUAAUCUUUUUGCUGGCUAUGAAGAAAGCCAAGGAUAUACCCUUUGGAAAUCGCACAUUUUGGAAAUAUGUCUCAUUGUCACGUAACUCAAUGGCCGUUAUUAUAGGCACUUUCUUGGCAUACAUAUUAAGCCGCGAUGGCUCACAACCCUUUAGAGUAACGGGUAAUGUUACCGCAGGUUUGCCUCCAUUUCGUGUACCUCUUCAUGGCACCACUAUUAACGGUACCGAAGUAUCAUUAAAGGAAAUGUUAAAUACAGUCGGCGGAUCGUUUGCUUCCAUACCCUUGGUGGCCAUAUUGGAAGUGGUAGCUAUAGCUAAAGCAUUUUCCAAGGGACGAAUUGUUAAUGCCUCACAGGAAAUGAUUGCUUUGGGAAUGUGCAAUAUAAUGGGUAGUUUUGUUUCUUCCAUGCCGGUUACCGGUUCGUUUACACGCACGGCCGUAAACAAUGCCAGUGGUGUAAAGACUACUUUGGGUGGCCUGGUAACUGGAGCCUUAGUGUUAAUGGCUUUAGCCUUCCUAACCCAAACAUUUUAUUAUAUACCAAAAGCUACCUUAUCGGCUAUUAUAAUCGCAGCCAUGAUCUCCCUGGUGGAGGUGGAGAAAAUUCGUGAUACUUGGAAAUCUAAAAAGAAGGAUUUCUUUCCCUUUUUGGUUACUCUAUUUAUAUGCCUAUUUUGGAGUUUAGAAUAUGGUAUUUUAUGUGGUAUUGCAGCCAAUAUCUCUUAUAUCUUAUAUAGCAGUGCUAGGCCCCAGAUAUGGUUGUAUACACAAAAGUUAAUGGAUUAUGAAUUUGGCAUGGUUGAUGUUAAACAAAAGCUAGACUUUGCCUCAGCCGAAUAUCUUAAGGAAAAGGUGGUAGAAUUUGUUAAUUUCUACCAAAAAGAUGGUAUCCAUUUGAUUGUUAUCAAUGGUUUGGAAAUCAAUAGUAUUGACUAUACAGUAGCCGCGAAUAUCGUGUCGUUAAGAGAAGAUUUGAAAGUGUUAAACUGUGAUAUGAUCUGCUGGAACUGGAAUAUAUCAUCAGCUGGUGUAGUCUGUCGUCUAAAUAAUAAAAUGCGUGAUAUGUUUAAGUUUCAAAAAUCAUUAGAGGAAACUAUUGAAGAAUAUCUAAACACGCAUUCCACAAGUGCCUCUGAAGCAACAUUGUAUUCGGUAACAUAACCUGUAGAAUGGUGUACCAAUGAAUAAAUGAAUGGAUGAAUGAAUGAACGUGUGUGAUGCAUGCAAAGCAAAACAAAUACGCCUUUAGUUAAUAUGUAUAUUUCCUUCGUAAAGCACUUGUAACAAUUUAAGGCGACUUAUUGUCUGGUGCUGCAACAUGAAACCCUAAUUCUUAGAAAUAACACACAAACACUUAUUAUUUUUUUUUAAAGUCACAACAAUUCAAUUAUUAUUAAUUAAGUCAUAUAUUUUAUAUAUUUUACAACUGUUGGUACCAAAACAAAAACAGACCAGACAUUAUGUCUCCUCUUCCUCAAAAUGCAAUGAAAAGAAUUUUAAUAAAUUUUAACUAAAACCCUUAAGAAACCUAAGUUGUACUUAUGUCUACUGUAGUUUAGUAAUUAAUUCAAAUGUUCAAGUAUUAAAUAUAUGUAAAUGUAUGUCUGUAUGUCUGCAGUGUGAAGGUCAUUUUCCUUGCGCUGCAGGAUAAUAAUUAUUUAGUGUCAAACACUUAACACAUUGGUCUACCUCUUUAUGAUUUUAUUGUUUUGUCUCUUUAAAACACUACUGCACACUGCAAUACACUACACUACUUUAGCUGUGGUUUGAGUUCCUAGAAUAUUCAAAAUACACAUAGUUUGUUUGGAGAGACUUUGCAGGUCAUUAAAAUAUGAAAUAAAUAUUUGUAAUAUAUUUAAAAAAAA